AUGCCCUCAGACCCCAAAAUCCUCUUGCUCGGUGCCUCUGGUUAUAUUGGCGGUACCGUGCUUGUCGACCUGCUGAAGGAAUACAAACCACUUGACAUCACUGCUCUUGUUCGAGACGAAACCAAAAAAAGCAUCCUUCAACCUUUCGGUAUCAACAUUGUCGAAGGGAAUGUCGAGAAUCCUUCCUUGCUCCGACAAUUGGCCGAGUCUUACGAUGUGGUGCUCAACUUUGCUGUCCCUUUUGGGGGUGGUGAUGAUUCCAUUCAAGCUCUAGUUGAUGGCCUUGAGAAGCGUGCUGCAUCUGCGGCAGUCAAACCGGUGUUGCUGCACACCUCUGGUACUGGCUCUGUCAUGUAUGGAUCCAAUGGAGAAACCGGCACUGACGUGUGGAGAGAUUCCGAUCAUGAAAGAUGGGAAUCAUUACCUGAUACUGCUGUUGCCCGAGCUGCUGCAAGAGGUACUAUCUCCGCUUACAUUGUUAUGUCACCAACGGUUUAUGGUCAAGGUACCGGUCCUGGCAACAGACUGUCCCUCCAAAUCCCAGCCUAUGUUCGAUACGCCAAAAGGACAGGUCAAGCGGCUUACAUUGGAAAGGGCGAAAACAUCUGGGGGCAUGUCCACGUUCAAGAUCUGUCGGGAUUGUACCUCGUCUUGUUGAAACACUCUCUAUCGUCCCCCGCUGCUACCAAGGCCUCGCCCGAGUCUCAUGGAUGGUCCAAUCUCAUCUACGCCGGUCUUGACCAACACACUUGGGGACCCAUCAUCACCCUUGUCGGCGAUCGACUCCAUGCUCGAGGUGAUAUACCCAACCCUGGUGCAAGGCGUUUGGAUGAUGGUCAGGGCGAUAUGUACAUGUUUGGUACCAACUCUUUCAUGCCUGUCAGUCAGAAAGCUAAAGCGUUGGGAUGGAAGCAAACGCAACCUGGUCUUGUGGAAGCCAUCAAGAUUGCUUUACCGGUUGACUAG